AUGAACUACAGCAGAACGGAAAGAAGAAAAUCAAUGGCCGAGCGCAGACCUAGCACUACGUACACCCCGCCAGUCAUUCCUCACUUGGCCGGGUUGGAGAAGCCACAGGACCAGUUUCUCAAAAUCGACAAGUGCGAUGUUUUAGUUGUAGGAACCGGACUCCAGGAGAGUAUUUUGGCCGCCGCGUUAUCUUGGCAAGGUACGCAGGUGCUCCACAUUGACAACAAGCCGUACUACGGUGACUCAAGCUCGACCAUGACCAUUGAACAAUUGAAAAAAUGGUGUGCUGAUGUUAACCAAGGUAAGAUCCCACACUUUCAGGAUGCCCAGAUCUAUAUACCAGGGGGAAAAUUAAGCAACCAAUUCAAUUCAAAGGACUAUGGCAUUGACUUGACGCCAAAGAUUAUGUUUUGUCAGUCGGAUUUGUUGACUUUGUUAGUGAAGUCACGUGUUUACCGUUACUUGGAGUUCCAAUCCUUAUCCAACUUUCAUGUGUUUGAAAACGAUGACUUUCAACAAAAGGUGAAUGCUACAACAAAGCAGGACAUUUUCACAGACAAGUCGUUGUCCCUCAUCACAAAGAGGUACUUGAUGAAAUUUUUAAAGUUUAUCUUGUUGGACACGGAUUUCAAACAAAAAGUGAAGCCAUAUGCGAAUGAACCGAUUCAAAAAUUCUUGAAAGAAGAAUUCAAGCUCGAGGACCCGCAAAUAAAUGAGUUGGUGUUUUCCAUUGGAUUGAGUUACAAGGAAGACAUCAACACAAAGGAGGCACUCAUAAAGAUCAAAAGGUUUUUGUCGUCAUUUGACGUUUAUGGUAAAUUUCCUUGCAUGGUAUCAAAAUAUGGGGGCCCUGGUGAAUUAGCACAAGGAUUUUGUCGCAGUGCAGCAGUUGCAGGUACAACUUAUAAAUUGAACACGAGCUUGGUUGAUUUCGAUCCCGUGUCCAAAAUAGCCCAUUUCGACGAUGGAUCACAUAUUAAGAUCAACGAAAAGGUUGUUAUUUCACCCACGCAGUUGCCCAAGUUUUUGCAAUCCACUUAUAACGAAGUUACUGAAGGGUUGCAGCCUCAUUUUGUAACUCGAUUGGUCACCGUUGUACGCCGUGAUUGCAAAGAAUGGAUUUCACAUAAUGAAUCCCUGGCCAUUGUUGUAUUCCCUCCCCACUCGUUACCCACGGAAAAUGAAUACUCAGUACAAGUUAUGAUACAAAAUGGUAAUUCCGGUGUUUGCCCUGAGGGUCAGUCCAUAUGGUUUAGUCAAACUGUUGAACAAGACUUGAGUCGAGCCAAGAGAGACUUGGAGUCGGCCUACUCGAAAAUGGAGUCUUCGUUAUUAAGGGAAUCAUCGAAUGAUAUAGACGAGAUUCUCGAUGAAACUGACUUUGUCGUUAGCCAAGAUGGAACUCCUGUGUUGGCCAAUUCUUUCAAAUUAGGAUCGCACUUGCAAAACUUCUAUCCACAAGAAAAAUUGGAGGUUGUUUGCAAAGUGGGGUAUGUUGAGAAAACGUACAUUGCGAAUGACUUGUCAAACAUUUUCAAGCCAAGCGCGGAGAACAACAUCGUCCUCAGAGAUACACCAGACGCACAAAAUCAAAUAUUUUUCACAAACACCCCAAGUGCUGAGUUGUCAUAUGACGGAGUUAUAACGGAUGUCAAGUCUAUAUACCAAAGGGUAACAGGAACCACUGAUGACUUUUUCGAUGUUGAUUUCGAGGACGAAGAAGACGAAUACGAUAGAAACAGUCAACCAGUUAUACCCCCACAAAGGUCGUCCGCGAUCGGCGGUAUUAUUGGCGGUGGGUCGGGUACUAGCUUGGCAGCUCUACGCGAGCAACACAAUGAAGGAUUAAGCGAUAAUGCGAUUGACAGCGACGAAGACAUGGACAGUCAUGCUCCCUUUGGCGCGGAAGAGAUGGAGUUGUGA